CUUUUAAGACUAGUUUAAGCGGUUUAUGCAACCGGCCACAGAUUUUAAAAUCGCAAAGUCACUACGGGAAGCUGCAGAGCUCAUUCACUGACAGCACGCUCUUUCCCAGAAGCCUUUCCUCAUAUUGUACACAAUCAUCAUGGCGGCGCAGGAUGGAAGUGAGGUAGAAGGAAUGGAGGCUGAGGUCACGCAGAAGGUACCAGAAGUGUUGUGUGAAGCUGCGGGACAUGGAGAUGUAGCAGGGACUGAACAAGCAUCUCUUACCGAUGGUGAAAGCACAUCAACUCUGACCGCUGCUGUGAGCAAUGGAGAGGAAAGUGAUGAGGGGAAAGAGAUGGUGGAAGUGAAAAUCAUUUGGAACAAAAACAAAUAUGAUCUUAAAAUUCCUUUAGACGGCACCGGUGCUAAGCUGAAAGAGAAGAUUCACACUCUCACUGGUCUUCCACCUGCUAUGCAGAAAGUGAUGUACAAAGGAUUGCUACCAGAGGACAAGACGCUUAGAGAAAUCAAAGUUACAAAUGGUGCAAAGAUUAUGGUAGUUGGAUCUACAAUAAAUGAUGUACUAGCUGUAAAUACACCGAAAGAAGUUAUUCAGCAAGAGGUUAAAGCUGAGGAGAACAAAAAGGAGCCAUUGUGCAGGCAAAAGCAACAUAGAAAGGUUUUGGACAAAGGAAAACCAGACGAUGUUAUGCCAUCAAUAAAAGGAACUAAGGAGCGUCUGCCAACAGUGCCUUUAUCGGGAAUGUACAACAAAUCUGGCGGAAAAGUACGACUCACUUUCAAACUGGAACAGGAUCAGUUGUGGAUCGGAACAAAAGAAAGAACAGAAAAAAUCCCGAUGGGUUCCAUCAAAAAUGUUGUGACUGAGCCAAUAGAGGGUCACGAGGACUAUCACAUGAUGGCAUUUCAGCUGGGUCCAACAGAAGCCUCACAAUAUUGGGUCUACUGGGUGCCUGCACAGUUUGUUGAUGCAAUCAAAGACACAGUUCUCGGAAAAUGGCAGUAUUUUUAACGUGCCUCUAUAGACACUGAAGAAUUGGGAUUCAGAGCAAAAGAUUGAAAACAAGAUUAACUGGAGCCAACACAAUAAUCUGAAGAACUGAUUUUUCUGAAGUAUAUCCAGAGCAAACCGAAGGAUUGCUGUUGGACAAAAUAUUUUGGGGGUUUUAAGUGCACUAAGUGUCAGCAUCCCGUUUUUCAAACUGUUUCAUCAUUCGGGUUUUUUUUUUUUUUUUUUUAGAGCAAUCUCAAGCAUAAACAGAAAAUUGUACAGAACUUGCAUAUACAUUUCUCGUAGUUAUUCUGAAAGAAAUAAAAAUUAUUUAAGGAAAAUGA